ACACUACUAGCCUCGAGAUUCUGAAGUGCUUGAGAUGAUUAGCUUUUUGGUUAAAUCACACAUGGGUCCCCAUCUGCUGCAUUGAAAGAUUUUUGUAUAUUUCUGGGUCUUGGGGCCUGGCACUCCUGCUCUGCUCUGCAUUAUUGGUUAUUUCUUGAUAUUUUAGUACCGUUCCUGCUGGUAUCCUGUCAAUAAGAAGUUAAUAACUGGGGAGAAAACAUUUAGCAAACUUUCUUGUCAAGUUAGUAAGGUAGCAAUGGCAAUGUAAUAUCAUCUUUAUUUGUGUAUAGUUCGCACUUCACAGCAGAUUCAUUGGCAUGUCAAAGAUUCAGUGACCGAGACCGUUCUCUUAAACCCAGAUCAGUUUUAGUAUCAAGGCUUGAAUCUAAGCUGUCUUAGACUUGUAGAUUGGAUCUAGAGUAUAAACCUUGUUGGUUCAGUAAGGAUUUUAUGUUCUGAAAGGGUUUAUUGACUAGAAAAUAUGAGAUCUAUUGAGGAUAAGAGCUGCUAUAACCUUGGACCACCACAGGAGAUUUCAGGCAGCAGCAACAUUAGUUUUGAGUUUCAAAAAGGGAAUGGAACAGCCAACCGGGGUUCUCAUCACCGGACAGCCUUAGGCAAGCCAACACCAUCAAAAUGGGAUGAUGCACAGAAAUGGCUAGUGGGGUUCUCAAGAGGAGGAGAGAAGAAUCAGUCCAAGACCAAGCCUCGGAACUCCAACGCAGAUGACAGGCGUUUAAUAGCUCCUGUUCCACAGAAGGAGCAUGAUUACUCCAGCGGUGAAGAUGAUGAAGUUGCACAAGAAAAUGGAAAUUGUGUUCCAAUAGCACUUCAAUACGGAGUGGAAACAAAGAAAGUGGACUGCGAUGAGUCAAUCUGGCGGAUCAAUAAGCCUGCGGAGAGUACCACAACAUCAACUGUGAGAUCUGUAAGUGUGAGAGACAUGGGGACUGAGAUGACCCCCAUUGCAAGCCAAGAGCCAUCAAGAACAGCUACCCCAGUUAGAGCCACAACUCCUGCAGCAAGGAGCCCUAUAUCUUCAGGAUCCUCGACUCCAGUAAGGUUCCAACAAGGGGGUAUAGCAACCGCUGAGGGCAGAGGUGAGGCUAAUGCAGCUGCCAGGGGAAUAAGUGAUGCUCGAAAGAUACCUGAGAAGAAUGAUUCAGAUCAAGCCAGAAAGUUAAGUCCACUACAAAGUAGAGCUAUGGCUUGGGAUGAGGCAGAACGAGCCAAAUAUACGGCAAGGUAUAAACGUGAGGAAGUGAAGAUACAAGCUUGGGAAAAUCAUGAAAAAAGGAAAGCAGAAAUGGAAAUGAAGAAAAUGGAGGUGAAGGCUGAGAGAUUGAAAGCUCGGGCACAAGAAAAGUUCACAAACAAACUGGCUGCCACAAGGAGGAUAGCUGAAGAGAAGCGUGCAAAUGCAGAAGCCAAGCUAAAUGAGAAGGCUGUAAAGACUUCUGAACGGGCAGAUUACAUAAGGAGGACUGGUCACUUGCCUUCUUCAUUCUCAUUUAAGUUCCCUUCCCUUUGCUGGUAGCAACCCUGCAACAAUGCCAAAUCUGUCUUUUCCAUACGCAUGAACUUGUGAACUAAGGUGGUCUGAUAAAUGAUAACUGCUGAAAACUUGCAAUUAUGGGUGUGUAAUAGUUCCUCAAAUGAGCAACAGAGUUGGCAUAUUUCAUCCGGGAUCAUCUGCAUUAUUUGGAAGAGCAGAAGAGCCACAAGUCUUUGUAAUUUUCUAUUAUCAAAUCGAGUGUUUCUUUAUUGAAUUCUCAUGAGGCACGGGUGAGUAUCAUCAACAAGCAUAUGUACUCUUGCCUUUUGGUUGCCUAAUGAAGCAAUUCAUUAGAAAUGGCAGUUGAGACUUUAGAUUUGAGUCACUUGAUGGUACUAGAUGGUGUUAAAUAAAAGGAAGCUUAUUCUAUUUGAUUUGGAGACAUGAAGAAAUCUUCCCUCUCUGG